AUGAGUGAAGAAUUUACUCCUGCUUCAUCCAAUGGAUGGACCCCUCUGGUUCAACAUAACCGAACAAAGUACUUUGCUCCCGACACAAAACCACGAAUCGACGUGGAUGACACCGUCAAGAAGUUCAAAUACUUGCUUGGUCUAACCGACUUGUUCCAACAUUUCAUCGAUUCAAAGGCAAAGAAAGACCCCGUGUUUGCGCAAGUUAUAGAUAAGAUGCACGAAAGUCAACCAAAGAACAACGCAGGGAGGAGAAGAAAGACUGAGAAAGAAGAAGAUGCAGAGUUGUUGGAUGAUGAACAAGAUACGCCUACCAUCACAGAGUUUACCGAAAGUCCGAGCUACAUCCAAGGUGAACUUCGCCCGUACCAGAUCCAAGGUUUGAAUUGGUUGGUUUCGCUUUACGAGAAUAAUCUCUCUGGUAUUUUGGCUGACGAAAUGGGGUUGGGUAAAACGUUGCAGACAAUAUCUUUCUUGGGCUACUUGCGAUACAUGCGUGGGAUCAACGGGCCACACUUGGUUGUUGCUCCAAAAUCUACUUUAGACAACUGGGGCAGAGAAUUCGCAAGAUGGACUCCGAAGGUAAAUGUGUUUGUCCUUCAAGGAGACAAAGAUGAAAGACAAGAUUUGAUACAAAAUCGAUUACUACAGUGUGAUUUUGACGUUGUGAUUGCAUCCUAUGAGAUUGUGAUACGUGAAAAGGCAUCUUUUAGAAAGUUUGCAUGGGAGUAUAUCGUCAUUGAUGAGGCUCACAGAAUUAAAAAUGAAGAGUCCUUACUCUCUCAAAUAAUUCGUCUUUUCCAUUCAAAAAACCGUCUUUUAAUUACAGGAACGCCUUUACAAAAUAAUUUGCACGAGCUAUGGGCAUUGCUCAAUUUCAUAUUGCCAGAUGUAUUUGGCGAUUCAGAUGCGUUUGAUCAAUGGUUCAGCUCCACUGGUGAUAAUAAGGAGGAACAAGACGAUAAUGUCGUUGCACAAUUGCACAAGGUCCUUAAACCUUUUUUGUUGCGUCGUAUAAAGUCUGAUGUCGAAAAGUCACUUUUGCCUAAACAAGAAUUAAAUGUAUAUGUGAAGAUGACUGACAUGCAAAGAAAAUGGUACCAAAAACUUCUUGAGAAAGACAUUGAUGCGGUCAACGGCGCAAACGGCAAAAAGGAAUCAAAGACAAGGUUGUUGAAUAUUGUCAUGCAAUUGAGAAAAUGUUGCAAUCAUCCAUACUUGUUUGAGGGCGCAGAGCCAGGGCCCCCUUACACGACCGAUGAGCACUUGGUCUUCAAUGCCCAGAAGAUGAUUAUUUUGGACAAGCUUUUGAAAAAGUUCCAAAAAGAGGGUUCUCGGGUAUUGAUCUUCUCGCAGAUGUCUAGAAUGUUAGAUAUUCUUGAAGACUAUUGCAUGUUCCGUUCAUUCCAAUACUGCCGAAUUGAUGGUCAAACAGAUCAUGCUGACCGUGUUGAGGCUAUUGACGAAUACAACAAACCAGGGUCGUCAAAGUUUGUUUUUUUAUUGACAACCAGGGCAGGUGGUUUAGGCAUCAACUUGACUACCGCCGACAUUGUUAUCUUGUUUGAUAGCGAUUGGAAUCCGCAAGCCGACUUACAAGCCAUGGAUAGAGCUCAUAGAAUUGGCCAAACGAAGCAAGUCAAGGUUUUCCGCUUUGUCACCGAAAAUGCGAUCGAAGAAAAGGUGCUUGAGAGAGCUGCCCAGAAAUUGCGCUUGGAUCAGUUGGUUAUUCAGCAAGGUAGAAAUAGCGGAGGAGUUGCACAACAAAGCGGUAAAGGUGCUUCAAAAGAUCAAUUGUUAGACAUGAUCCAGCAUGGAGCAGCAGAGAUCUUCAAGGCUAAAGAGGGCGAUGGAGUCAGCAACACUGAUGUCGACAUUGAGGCAUUGCUCGCUGAUUCUGAGAAGAAGACAUUAGAGCUUAACAAGAAGUACGCAAAGCUUGAUUUGAAUGCUUUACAAAACUUCACGAAUGACGAAUCUGUUUACGAGUGGAACGGUGAAAAUUUUAAGAAAAAGGAACCGACUGCAAUAACUAACAUUGGACAUGCCUGGAUAAACCCCGGCAAAAGAGAAAGAAAAGAGAAUUAUUCCAUCGACAUGUACUACAAAGACGUCUUGAAAUCUGGAAGCAGGUCAACGCCGAGAUCAGGACCCAAACCUCCGAAACAACUAAACAUCUACGAUCAUCAAUUCUUUCCGCCAAAACUCAUGGAACUUCAUGACAUGGAACGGGAUUACUAUAAGAAGCAGACUGGUUAUAAGGUUCCUCUCAAAAAGGGCACACCCAAGGAUCUUGCUCAAAGAGAGCUAGAACAGAAGCUCGAGCAAGAAGAAAUCGAGAAUUCUAGGCCAUUGACUGAAGAAGAGAAAGCCCUCAAAGAAGAACUUUUGACGCAAGGAUUCUCAAAUUGGAACAGGAAGGAUUUUAUUCAUUUCAUUGCCGUCUCCACUAAGUACGGGCGUAAUGCGAUCUCGAUGAUUGCGGCGGAGUUUGAAGAUAAAACGAUUGAGGAGGUGAGAGAGUACGCGAGGAAAUUUUGGCUGAGCUACGAGGAGAUUGAAGGUUUUGAGAAGUACAUUCAUCAAAUUGAGCUUGGUGAAGAAAAGGUGAAUCGUGUGAAACUACAAAAAGAGAGCAUUCGCCGUAAAGUGUCAAGCUACAAGUACCCACUCCAGGAGCUUGUAUUAAAAUACCCACCUGCCCAAACUAAUAAGAGAACAUUCACAGACGAAGAGGACAGAUUCUUGAUUGUCCAAAUGUACAGAUUUGGUCUUGAUAGACCCGAUCUAUAUGAAAGAAUCAGAGACGCUAUUCGUCUGAGUCCAUUGUUCCGAUUUGAUUUCUUCUUUUUGUCAAGGACAACGGCAGAGAUCUCCAGAAGAUGUAGCACGUUGAUAGCGUGCGUCUUUAAAGAGAUCCAUCCUAAUGAAGCUGCCGCAAGCAAAUCGGCAUCUAAAAGUGGUGGCGUGAGUAAUGGCACCAAGAGAAAAGAAGAGAACAAAAUCACGACAAACAAGAAGCGCAAGAGGUAA